AUGAUUUAUUUUGUUAUUUGCACGUUAUUUCUUGCGCCAAGAAUUUUUGCUUCAUCUGCACCACGUAUUAUUUAUUCAGCUGUUAUCUAUAAUGUACAGGAUUCACCAAUUCAGUGUAGUGUAAUAUGGUCACAGCCACCACCAGAUCCUACAUUAGAAAGUGGUCUAUUUACUAUUGAAAAACAUGACUAUUAUAUAGUAAAGAGCAAAGUAAUUCAACUGGAAGGUUGGGAAGCAAAUGGAAUAAUACAACAAAUUCGUUGUGGAAAUUUACUACUUAGUGCUCCAUUUGAUAAAGUUACGUCACCAGAAAAAAAUUGGAAAUUUCGUGUUGAAUCAGAUGAGAUUAUCUCAGUUGGACCAAGUUCAUCUCAUACUGAUAAUUAA